AUGCCUUGCUGCUGCCAGCAAGGUACCGACGGCAAUGCCAUCCUGAGGUUCCAACUAUGGAUUCGCCUAGUGUCCAUUGAUGCCCAGCGUCUCUCUGCGAACGGUGUGCGCAGGAUUGCAAUGCACCACCAGCACGACUGUCGACUAAUGCGGUUUGAUAUAUCUCGCUGCGGCACGAUUCACCAGAUCAUUGAAACCUCGAUUGCCCGUUUGGCGUCUCCUUCCACAGAUCGCCUGGUCUCGACGUCCUAUCCGGAUAGUAUUUUGAAAUAUAUCUACACCGUCUCGCUAGCUGAUGAUUUCGCGUGCGAAUUUGACCCUCAGACGGCAGCGCAGCUCGGCAAGUUGGGCAGGAAGCAACUGCCAUUGAAAAGGGGCGAAGCUGUGUACGACGACGAACUCUCGUACUGGACCCCUGCGUGCCACGACUUCCCCAACAUCGACAGCACAGUGAAGCUCGAGUCUCCGGCUGGACCGAAGACGAGCAACGUGGCGUAUCUCCUUAGCAUCUCCUCGGUGAGAGACGCCAACGACCAGGAGCUGAUGAACCUGAACAACAUUUUCUUCCCGGAUCAUGUCGUGGAAGCCGAGCCGCCGAUGUUCGUGGCGCUUUGUUCCGAUUUCGCUUCGUGUCAAGAGUUUGUGCUCACGUCUGCACCCGAAAUUGCUCCCGCGCGGCGUGCCCAGGUCGAUUCGAGUGUUUGUGGAGUACAGCUUUGA